UCUACUCUAAUGUUUUGAUUGAAAGAUAGAGGAGAGGUGUAAAUAAAACGUCAUUUUUUAAUAAUAGUACAGUGUAACUUGUAAUAAUGGCUUUGCUGAUUGAAAUGUAUGAGCAACAAUAUGGAGUAUUAACUGCGGAUAUUACUUCGAAAAUUGGAAAACUCCCCUCAACGUCAGGAAGUGAAAAAAGAAAUCUUGUAUCAGAGUUAGAUAAACAUCUGGAGGAAUGCAACGAGCUGCUGGAACAGAUGGACUUGGAGGUUCGAGAGAUGAAGGCUUCGGAACAGCCGAGACUGAGGACAAGGCUAGAAAGUUAUCGGGUGGAACUCGGUCGUCUACAACAAGAAUUCAAGAGAGCGCGCUCUGCUACACAUUCUGAUAAUUUCAGUGAUUCAGCAGACCACUAUGCGGAAGCUGUGAGUCUGAACGAAGAACAAAAACAGAGGUUGUUGGAUAACUCGGAGCGAUUAGAGAGAUCCGGAAACCAACUCAACACCGGAUACCAGAUCUUGCUGGAGACUGAGGAGAUCGGUUCACAAGUGAUGAGGGACCUACACCACCAACGGGAAACCAUUCAAAAGUCCCGAGCACGGCUGAGGGAGACUGAUGCAGAGCUCAACCGCAGUUCCCGUCUUGUCCAGGCGAUAAUCGCUCGCUCGCUUCAACACAGAUUUAUUCUUCUUCUCAUCGGUGUCGGAUUUUUUCUGGUGGUCGCUGUAGGAAUCUACAUUUCUGCUACCAGGGAGAGUUAAAA